AUGCGUGCAGCAAUAUCCUGCCAAGUUUUAGAAGGUGAUCUUCCUCUCUCAUUUAAAUGGCAAAGAAAUAAUAAAGAUGAUUUAGGAAUUGGAGUAGUUGUACGUCGUCUGGACGAGUAUUCUACAUCUUUAGUGAUUGAUAAAAUUGAAUCUUCUCACAGUGCAAAUUACACCUGCAUUGCACAAAAUAUUGCUGGUUCUGAAAGUUUCACUGUUCCUUUUACUGUUAAUGUUCUACCAAGAUGGACAAUAGAACCCUCAGAUACAAAUGUAGUUUUAGGUUUUGAUGUAAUGCUUGAUUGCCAAGCUGAAGGUUAUCCAGAACCUACAAUUGUGUGGAAGAAAGCAGUUGCACCAGCUUACUUUCAACAGAAAUCCAAGCAAGUGUAUGUUGAAAAAGAUGGACAAGCACAUUUGAAAUGUACAGCUCUAGGUGAUAAUCCUAUCAAAAUUUCAUGGAAACUUGGUUCUCAAAGGAUUGGAGAAGAUGUUGAUUCUAGGUAUUCGGUCAGGGAGCAGCUCUUGGAUGAAGGGAUGGUUUCAGAACUUGGAAUAUCUCAUGUAUUUCGUCACGAUACUGGUGUACUUAAUUGUAUUGCUAAUAAUGCUUAUGGAAAUGAUGAAAUGUCGAUACAUCUAAUUGUACAAGAAACUCCAGAAAUACCUAAGAAUGUUAGAGUUAUCGAUCAACAAAGUCGAACUUUACAAUUAUCUUGGACACAGCCAUACGUAGGGAACACUCCAAUCACUUCAUACGCCAUCCAGUAUAAGCCAAUUUCAGAACCAUGGGAUGUACAACCUUCAAAGGUGGUAGUACCAGGAACUCAAACUGUUGCAACUAUUGCUAAUUUACACCCUGCGACAUCAUAUCACUUUAGGAUUCUGGCUGAAAACAAACUUGGAUUUAGUGAUCCUAGUGAAAUAAUACAAGUGACAACUCAAGAAGAAGAACCAAAUGGAGCACCUAGAAAGAUCCAUCUAGAAGCUAGAAGCUCAACUGAAAUAUAUGUUAGUUGGGAAGCACCUCCUAGAGAAACUUGGAAUGGAAAUUUACUAGGUUAUUAUGUUGGUUACACUGAAUCACUAACUGAAAUGUCUGUUACCGUCCCAUCUCAGCAUUCAAACAUCAAAACUGUGGAACCUGGAUCACAAUACGGAGGGCAAACUAUACUUGAUAACUUAUCGAUGUUUACAACAUAUCUUAUAUCCGUCCAGGCAUUUAACAGCCGAGGAGCCGGCCCUAAUUCACAAUUCUUUACUGCAACAACUAAAGAAGGAGCUCCAACUAUGCCCCCAGUAAAUGUUGGGUGUUCUACUGCUUCAGAAACGUCUCUUGAUGUUUGGUGGGAACCUCCUCCUCUUGAUGGCAGAAAUGGCUACUUGCAAGGUUAUAAAGUUAAUUAUUGCCCAGCAGAAGAUUGGUAUGUUCCUCCUCACCCUCCCCUUCUGCAUGUUGUUAAAGCUGACGUUAACAGUUUGCAUUUAAAAUGGAUAAAUGAAGGAAAUAUCGAAAUUCCAAUUUUAGCACCUGUGAAACCUAACUCAUCUCAAUGGUUAGCAGUUAAUUCUACAGCGAUCACCCUGUGGCUGGAUGCUUGGGGAGAUGGAGGAUGCUCUAUACUGUAUUAUGUAAUUGAAUACCGACAAGAAAGCCGGUCUGAUUGGAUACUAACAUCUAAUCACGUUCCUCCAACUGAAAGAACUUACACAAUUUCUGAGUUAAGACCAGGAACUAGAUAUUUCCUUAAAAUAAUGGUAUAUAAUAACGCUGGAUCUAAUCAAGGUGUUUACAAUGCAACUACCCUCGGUGAAGACGGAUCUCCCGUUUUACCUAAAAUAAUAUCUGUACCUGAACACAACAUCACAUCAGUAUAUAGUGGAACAAAAGCAGUGUUGCCUAUAGCUGUGAUUUUAGUAAUACUCACUUGUAUUUUAAUUAGUUGGGUGUAUUUCAGAAAAAGAAAAGAAGAAAAUCAAUUUGUAUUAGGAGAAUCGUCUUCUGUUGCUCAAUUGCAAAAUCAGCAUAAUCGUGAUCAACAAUAUGCGGUACAAGGUGUGCAACUUCCAACUAUGAGUCUAGAUUCGUCUAGCUACAAACCUGAUUCUUCUGAUUAUAUGGAAGAUGUUUGUCCUUACGCGACCUUUCAACUAAGUAAGCCACCAUAUACAGAAAGCACGUUCAGUGGAAAUAUAUACAGUGGCCCUUAUCAUUCCGUGAGAGGAUCAUUUGUUUACCAUGAUUUACCCUCAGGAACAGAAACCUACAAGUGUCGUCAUCUUAAAGAACCCGAGUAUACAAAAGUUAGAAGAAAAGGAGUGAGAUUACGAGAUUCUCUUCUAGAGAGCCAAGAGUCUGAUAAUUUGGGAAGUACAGAUUCUGAAGUUAAAAAAAUAUUAACACUUCAUCUUCCAAUAUCCGAGUAUGAUACUCAUGGUAGUGAUAGUGAGGAAGGAGGACUAAGAGGUCCUUCAAAUCAAGAUCUUGUUACAUUUCGUCAUUCUAUGUCAAGAGACGUCAUUAAUGUCACAGAGGAAUCAAGUUCAUCUUCAGAAAGAUCUCCUACUGGUCUGAGAAAACAAUGUCACCACAACCGAAAAUUAAAAAGUAAGAUGCAAAACAGUAUGAAAAAAUUGGUAAAAACUGAUAGCAUGUAUGGAACCAGUAAAAAAGAAACUUCUUUCACAUUUAAUGAAAGGAUUAAGCCACCCACCCGCUUCUUAGAUGGUACCCAUGGAGAAUGUGAAAAUCCUGGAUCUAGAAGAGGGUCACGGUCAGUGCAAUAUAGACUGUCACGGGAAUCUUCUUUUCAAAUAGAUGUAUAAUGUGCCUUGUGACGCCUAUCUACACUUUGUACAUAUAAAUUAAUAUUUAUAAAUGUUUCAAAUAUUAA